AUGUCUCCGCCAACGAACUCCGGAUUUCUCAGAGUCCAAGGGGACCAUAUUGUCAAUGGCAGUGGGCAGCGAGUGAGUCUCAGAGGCACGUCCCUGGGGGGUUGGCUCUGCAUGGAAAACUUUAUGACUGGAUUCCCCGGCACAGAAUCCGCCAUGCGGUCUGCCCUACUCAAGGUUCUGGGAAAAGCUGAUUACGAGUAUUUCUUCGACCGAUUCCUGUACCAUUUCUUUACCGAAAAAGACGCGCAAUUCUUAAAAUCUCUCGGAUUCAAUUGUCUCCGACUUCCGUGCAGCCAUAAGCACCUGGACGACGACAUGAACCCUCGAAUUUUUAUAAGGGAAGGCGUGGGCUUCAAACACCUUAAUCGCGUGAUCAACAUCUGUGCGAACGCUGGAAUCUACGUGGUUUUGGAUCUACAUACCGCCCCAGGCUGUCAAAAUCCCGAUUGGCAUUCGGACAACAACACCAGCUAUGCAGCAUUCUGGGAUUUCAAAGACCAUCAGGACCGCCUUGUGUGGCUAUGGAAGGAACUGGCCUCUAUUUACAAGGGCAACCCUUGGGUUGCCGGAUACGACCCGAUGAACGAGCCAUGCGAUCCCCAGCAUCUCCGCUUACCAGCAUUUUACGACCGCCUCAUCAAGGAAAUUCGACAAGCUGACCCCGAUCACAUCAUUUUCCUCGAAGGCAACACAUUUGCCAUGGAGUGGCGUGGCUUUGAGACUAUCAUCAACACGCCCAACUGUGUAUACUCGGUCCAUGACUACGCCACCAUGGGUUUCCCUUCCGCGCCGGGUCCAUACGAGGGUCAUCAGGAGCAGAAGGAGAAGCUUGAAAGGCAGUUUAGGAGGAAGUGUGACUUUCUGAACAAGCAUAAUCUCCCUAUCUGGAACAGUGAGUUCGGCUGCCCUUGGGCACAACCCAACUGGGAUCCCGACAUCGAAGCCCUCGACCGUAAAAAGUACGCCAUGAUCGAUGCGCAACUGGAGAUCUAUGAAAGGGCCGAUAUUGCUGCCUGGGCAAUCUGGUCGUACAAAGACAUCGGUGUAAUGGGAAUUCUGAACGCUUCACGUCAAUCUCCUCUCAGCAAACUUGUGGAGCAGCUUGGGGAGACAAAGAAGCAACUGCACCUCGACAGCGCGUUGAUGUAUCCCAAUCAAGAAAUCGAAGACGCCAUCACUCCUCUCAUUGAUUGGAUUAACAAACAUGCGCCCAACGCCAGUCACACGUACCCAACCAUCUGGAACACUCGCACCCAUGUCGUUCGGAACGUCAUUCACAGCUUCGUGGCGAACACGUUCUGCGAAGAGUAUGCCCAAAAAUUCCAAGGCUUGAGCAGAAACGCACUAGAAGAUCUGGCCAAAAGCUUCGCCUUUGAUCAGUGUGUCCAACGAGAGGAGCUAUAUUCGAUACUGAAGAAGUACACUUUUGAAAAGUGA